AUGUUUGAGGUGAACCGAGAGGCCAUGGAGAAAACUAAGUUCCGACGCGGCGCGAUGCGCGUAAAGUGUCACCGCCUGAGGCGACGAGGCACCCGCACGGGAUGCAAGGAACAGGUGACGCAACUGCUCAAGAGUCUCGAGAAAGACCUUCAAGACAAAAACCUCACCUCAGCAGAAAGAGUACAGACCCUCCUCAAGCUCCGACAGCACGGCACGAGUCCAUCGAACGCCGAACCAAUCUUUUCGCAGAAUGGAAUCUCGAUUUUGACUCAGUAUGGAGUUGAAGGAGAGACGCCCGGCGUUCGGCGCGCCGCUCUGCGUUGUGUUGCAAAUGCGCUCUUGCUCGAUGCUAAAAUGCGUCAAAGUCUCGUCGACACAGGAUACGGGAAUAAGCUAGCAGAUAUGCUUCAAACCGAUGAUUCAGAGGACGAGAUGAUAGCAAGCCGAAUCCUGUUCUACACGACGUAUGACACCACCAUGGACUUUGAGAAUUUAGUCAAGACCCAUGCGCAGCAAUUGAGCCGCCAUGCCAAACAAUUCCCUAAGUCGGGAAAGGUACCCCUGUCUCAAAUGGACGAAUUAGCUCUGACCGACACACUCAAGCUGAUAUACAACGUGUCGAAGAUCUACACAGGCCUUGCCGCGUCUUUUUCGACCUCACUACCUCAUAUUCUGAAGAUCAUUACUCGCAUUGACAUUUCACACACACCUCUGGAUGGGAUCCUCGGGGGGUUGCUUAACGCCUUAUCUAUCCUCGACCUGUCUGCAACCACGGGCAAGGUGUUUGAGAACAAUCCCCUUUUCCCAUCAUUUGAUCCGAAAUGUAACGUGGAUAGAUUGAUUGGUAUUUUGGACCAGGCCGGGGUACAAUAUAGCCCCGAAGACUUGGAGGCCAAGGCAGUCCCAUUGCUUUAUUCACUGAUCACAAUCUACGAAGUUGCUCCAGAGGACAUUCAGAAGCAUAUGCAGCAGCUUCUCUUGCCUGAGGAAGGCGAUCGCAGCUUGCCUAUCGGCCAAUCUGAUACCCUACCUUCAAGACUUCUCAAACUCUCAACCAGCCACUUCGCCAAUCUCAAGGUUGCGAUCUCUGAGCUGAUGUUUGUUCUGUCUGGGAGGGACGCCGAGGUCCUCACCAAAAACAUUGGCUAUGGCUUUGCUGCUGGUUUCUUGGCAGCCCGUGGACUUGAAAUGCCUCAAAGUGCCAGUGAAACAUACUCGACUGACAACGCUGAAUCGUUGAUUAAUCCAAUCACGGGACAAAACCUAGCCGCCGAGCCAACGGAUGAUCUUCCUCCGAUGACACAGGAAGAGAAGGAGCGCGAGGCAGAGAGACUCUUUGUCUUGUUUGAGAGAGCGAGGGCGAACGGCCUGCUUAACGUUGAGAACCCGGUCACCCAGGCUCUCCACGAGGGAAGAUUUGAAGAACUGCCAGAUGAUGCUGAUAGCGACUGA